CCCGCGGACGGUCUCGUGUCUAGUAUCCGUCCAACCGAUCGUUCCGCCUGCCCGAGUCUCGCCAAAAAUAAUCAUGAAAGCCAUCGUCGCACUUUUUGCUCUAAUCGCCGUUGCCACGGCCUACCCGCAGCAAAAGGAUGGUCAGCGUUUCAGCAAUGAAGCCAUCAGACAGGCCCAGCAGACCUCCCUGAUUCCCAAAGAUGCCUACAUCCAGAACGUCCAGGAGGGCAUCGAGCUCGCUGCCUACGAAUCCAUCCCUGGUAACCAGAGGAUCAACCUCCUCGAGAUUCUCGGUGAACACGUGCCGGUUGAGGUCGUGAACAACCUCCAGGGCCAGAUCGACCAAAUCGGCAAAAAUUAAGUGCAUUGACGAUUAUGAUGAUCAUGAUGAUGUAUCUCGUUACCAACUACAAAGUGGCACCGCACGACGUGCCCUACCUUACUCAUAAGUAAUAGUUUGUUCGCUUAUUUUUGUAUAUUCGUAACGUGAAUAAAGUGAUAUUUUUUUACUUUAA